AUGUUUGCAAGACCAGCUUGGCAAACCGACGAACUCGCGGACGAAUGGGUUAACCAGGACGACGAACCUUCAUCCCGUGGCCAAUCCUCCUCUGACCUUUCCCUUACUCAGCCCUUGGAAUCUGUUAUUGUGCAACAUGGAGACUUGAAUUAUGGUUCUAUCCAUGUACGUGGGACAUUCCUGGUGAAAGAUGACGUCCCUGCCACUCCGUUCCUACAGCGGAUGCCUGGUCGCCAGCAGCCCUCAAGCAACAAUCUCUUCAGCCCCCAUCCUCUGGAGAGAAUGUUCGAGUCGCCACCCACAACAUCACAUGACAGGACUGCAUCCCCUCCGCCCAGAGCCAUCGUACCUGGGGUCGCGGUUACCCUAUCGAAAGCCUGCAUGCCUACCCAAGACGAUAUUGUUGCGAUUCGGGCAGAAGACGAGGUACAACGCGAUUUAGCAAAUCCCUAUGCCAUGCGCGGCAUUCCGGGAUCUACAGAUUUUCCCUUCACAUUCGAAGCACAGCUGCCCAGGUCGUCUGCUGGUGCUGGCGACCAAGACGGAGCACAUCGCGACUCAGUGCUGCCUCAUAUAUCAACGACGGGUACGGCGCCUACACAUAUGGAUCCUCCUCUUCGCUUGUUCCAAUUCAACUAUGACACAUAUACGCGUGAUCACCUCUCUGCGAUAGUGGACUCCAUAGCUGUCAACACUCCUUCGGGUGGCAGUGACACUGCAAAUUAUGGAGACACGACUUCUCCGUCUGCAUCCUCGCUUGCGCCUGACUCUAGUCCGUUGUGCUUACGCAGUGCAAAGCGCAUUAAGCUGAGCUCUUCAACCGGCUUUCAGAGCCGUGGCGAUAGAGCAGCGCUGAUCUUGAGGCCGCCACUGCAGAGAAGAAAAUUCAAGGGUGAGCCAAGGUUGCUGAUGGCCACGGCAAAGAAGGCGACACCUAUGUCCACGAUGGCCACAAUCGGAACCACCCGAUCCUCUGCGUCAAGGUCAACACUGACUCCUCACAUUCGACGAUCUGCUUUCCGGAGUUCACCGCUCAGGCAUCCCCCGGUGACCUUCGCCGAAGCUCCCUCAAAGGGUAUCUUCCCCGCAGUCGAUUACAGAGCACAGGCAGCCGAUCUGAUGGCGCAAAUUCGGAAUGAUAUCAAACGACCUAGACGCCCAUCAAUGGAUGACAGCUCGCUACGUGUCCAGGUCGAUGGUGAUAGUGAUUCGUCGCUCAAAGUGCCAUCUGGGCGCACAUCACUUUUUGCGAAUGCUCCUUCAAAUACCGAGUGUGUGAAUGAGGCAAACGUGCAACCGCUAUGUACUCACGGUUUAGCCCGCUCGUCCAACGCCACUGAUCCAGGCAAUCGGGCACUCACGGAGAGAAUAUUCAAACUGUCUCUCGACCCCCGGAAGUUGGACCAAUUCUCCGGGCCAUCCGCUGGCGUUGCGGUGAUAAUAGCGGACGCUACUCCUCCCACUGCCGAGAAUAGUCACGGGCAUGAGCAUAAUCCCACCCUCCUUGCUCCCCCCGGUAUCGCCGCUGUCCAGUCUUCUCCCUUUACCCGUUCUGGUAAAAUUCAGGACCUGACCCGUUUCGUCUCAUCGAGCACGGCCUCCGGUACAACUCUCACGACGGGAAGCACGGGGUCUUUCGUUAAGCAUCCAGGGCCGAAGCAGAUCACGCGCAUAACCCCAGAAGAUGUCCCUACUCUGCCCGACAGGGUGGGUAGGAUGGUUUUUGAUAAGGCCAGUAUGCGAUGGGUGAAGGCAGCCACGGACACCCCAGGAGGAGGGGACCUCGAUAAUGCUAAUGGAAAGAGCGAAUACGAAAGCGAAGACCCAUUCCAUGACAUCGAGAGUAUACGAGACGAGCGGGAGUCAAGUCGACGCAGCCAUGAAUCUGCGACUUCACUCGGGCGACAACAACGACGAUAUGAUGAACGGACGCGGGAGGAACUUGACGCUCAUGAUGACGGAGCGGGACUGACGUUGUUCGUCUUUGACAUUCCCGCUACAGAUGUCAUACCACAUAACAACAGGAAAUACCCCGAGGAUAUGUCGGCAAUCACAGACUCUGAAGACGACCUAGACGAUGGUCUCGGCGAUGCAGGUCAUUCGGCUGCAAUUGAAGACAGCUCAGAUGAUUCUUUCGACGGAGGACAGAGGCUUGAAGAACAUGCAACCAUACCAGCAUCACAGACUUCUCCUCCUGAACCUCUCAUCCCGCCGCAAUCGAGCGUUCCUCGCCAGGCAGCAUCCCCUUUCCUGACCCCUGCUGCGCGUCAACCGACGAAAAGCAGCAGCGUAGCCCCCGCGUCUGCUCUCAAGGACCCACAAAAAUUCUGCACUCCGGCACUGCAGCAAGCGCCCCGGCGCUCGGUCAGCUUCUCUGAUGGAAAGAGGGACGGCCCGAUAAUAGGACUUGGACGGAAUGCUCCCGCCCCUGAUGGACCCGGAGCAGAAGCAGAAGACGGUAGUCCCUUGGCCGCGGGGACGAGCCGCAGAUCAUCCGUUCUAGUGCCAUCUGCAAGGUCGAAGCGCAUCGCCGAGAUGCUUGGCGAUCUCGGAGAACCCGAGGAAUCGCCGCUGAGAACGAGCAACUCUGCACGACCAGUUGUUGACGAGCGGCAACAACACACGGCGCCCGAUCCCAGCGGCAAUGAAAUAGAGAUUGCUACUGGUACUCCGAACUCUGACAUCCCGCGAAGAGUCUUCUCCCGCCCGCAGCCUGUACAGAGCGCCUCGACCAGCGCGGCCGCACACAGAACCUUCCUCACCGAGUGCUCAUUCGGAGUCGCGCACGACCGCCUCGUGCAAGUCAUCACUGAUGUGCAGCCGUUCGAGCCGCACUGGGAGAACCUGACUUCCAUUGACCUGUCACGGGUGAAUCUGGACAGUGUCGCAAGGCUCAAGGAAUUUUUGCCCCGAUUGGAUUCGCUGUCCCUUAACAGCAACCACCUCUCUUGGCUCAGCGGCAUUCCGGACACGGUGCGCUCGCUGUCAGUUGCGUCGAACCUACUGACCAGUCUUACGUCCUUCGGGCACCUACCCAACCUCUCACACCUUGACAUCAGCCACAACCAGAUUGACUCCCUCCGGCAGCUUGAAUGCCUGCGACACCUGCGCGAGCUCCGCGCAGACGGCAAUAGGAUCGUCGAUAUUGACGGAUUGCAGCAGAUGGACGGCCUUGCCAAGCUAAGCCUCCAAGACAACGCCAUUCGCAGUAUUGAUCUGCGGCAGUACCGCUGGACUCGGCUAGAGAUGUUGAAUCUCAGCCACAACAGGCUCGCCAGCGUGGUGGGCCUCGCAUCAUUGUCAGCGCUUGUGGCGCUCAACCUAGAUAACAAUUUGCUGGAGGAGCUGGACCCUGAUGGCCCGCUCACUCGCCUCAGGCUUCUGCGUAUGAGUGGGAACCGCCUCACGCAACUGAAUGCAUCUGCCUUCCUGCAUCUUCGCACGCUCUAUGCCGACAACAACGCGCUCGGGGCGAUCAGCCACCUGGGCCGCCUGACCAGGCUCGAAAGCCUCUCCGUGCGGAAUCAAGGCGGCAGGACCGGACUGACCUUAUCCAUCCGGGAAAUCCGCGACGUCAAGCGCCUCUAUCUCUCUGGAAAUGCUCUGAAACCCGGCUUCAUCUCAGAGCCGUGCUACAACCUUCUCUAUCUCGAGCUCGCCGCGUGCCGCCUUACGGCGCUUCCCUCGGACUUGGCGCGCGUGAUACCCAACGUGCGUGUGCUCAACCUCAAUUACAAUUUCCUCGAGGACGUGCGUCCGCUCGCGGGACUGCUCCGCCUGCGCAAACUCACCAUCAUCGGCUCACGGCUCAAGAGUGCACGCCAGCUCGUAAAGGCACUCAAAGGGAUGACGGACAUCGAGAUGCUCGAUUUCAGGAUGAAUCCGUGCACGCUUGGGUGGUACCUGCCUCUCCUCAUUCGGGACGUGCCUGGUGCCCUGCAGCCCUCCGACGCCGCCGGCGGAGGACCUGCAUCCCGCGAGGAUGGGGCAUGGACACAUGCUAGGCCCAGCCGGAAUGGGCACAAGGCCAGGGACAGCAGCCCAUCUGCUUCUCCCUCGAGGGGCGCCAGUGUAAGUGUACCUACGCCGGGGGCGAGCGCCAGUGUGUGGAAGGACCUGGACGCGAAGUUUCGUCGGGAUUUGCCGGACGAGGCGUAUGUGGGCCGGCUUGCGUAUCGCGGGCUUGUGAUGCGGGCGUGCCCCGCGAUCCGCGUGCUCGACGGGGUGGAGAUUUCGAGGAAGGAGAGGGAGAAGGCAGAGCAGGUGCUCAAGGGUGCGGUGGGGAUGGCGAGGCGGCCAGGGGAGGGAGCGGGAGGAGGUGGGCGCGCAGGUGGAGGCGAGGGCGGCAUAAGCUCGAUUGGAGAGCGAGAGGCUGCGUUCCAUGCGUUCUGA